UAACACUGAGCAAAUCAUAAUAAUAUAAUCAAUAGCGGGGGAGUAUAGUACAUGUAGAUCCCGAUCCCAGGCACGAUGAGUAUCGACGACGUGAUCUACGUGAUCUGCCUGCUGGCCUGCAUCGGAGCUGGGGGCUAUGUGAAGAAGAUCUCGGACGAGGGCCAGCGCAAGCUGGUGUCCACCGCGCUGGGCGUGAUUGUGGUGGUGAUUGUCUCGGGACUCCACAGCCUGCACUGCUUCGCUUCCCUGGCCCUGGGCACAGCCGCCGUGCUCCUGGUACAUCCGAGCAAGGGACACCUGGUCACCUUUGUGGUCAUGUUUGGCUACCUGGUGUUCUUCCGCCUGUUCGACUUCUACCUGGGCAUUCCCGGCCACACCAACAUGAUUCAAAUGAUACUCACCCUGAAGGUUUCGGGUAUUGCCUUCGAGAAGACCGCCGCCUGGAAGCGCCUGCAGGCCCGGGACGAGCAGAAGAAGAACGACCAGCGGGAUGUGAACCAGGAGAGUCUCGUCGAGAUUACCGACUACGAUGAGGAGUUGCAGACCCUAAGUGCCGCCGAAAUCCUGCACUACAGCUUCAACUAUAUCGGAGUUCUAACAGGUCCCUAUUAUCGGUAUCGCACAUACAGAGACUACUUUGAGAUGCCCUUCAAGACCCAUGCACCAAGUGUGGAAGCCACCCUGGAGAAGCUCAAGUAUGCAGUCUUCUACUGCGCCCUUUACCUGGCAACAAACUACCUCUGGCCACUGGAUUAUGCGCUGACUGACGAGUUCUUCAACGAUCGCUCCUUUGUCUACCGCCUGCUGUACGUGUGGCCCACGUUCUUCACCUUCCGUGCUCGCAUCUACACCGGCCUGACCCUGAGCGAAUGCGUCUGCACGAUGGCCGGCUUCGGAGCCUAUCCGGAUGAGUCGGAUCCCAAUAAUGGCGAGGGGCCGCGGAAACGCUACCAGCACCUAAAGCGCGACGCUGAGAAGCACUCGUACAACUUCACAACGAUUGUGAACACCAGAGUGCUGGAGGUGGAGCGAUGCUGGACCUUCCGCGAGGGCAUGAAGCACUGGAACGUCUGUGUCCAGUACUGGUUGGCUGUCAAUGUGUACAAACUCUUCCCCAGCAAGAAGUACAGGACUGGCGCCACCUUGCUGUGCUCCGCCUACUGGCACGGAUUCCGGCCGGGUCACUACUUCUGCAUCAUGGGCGCUCCCUUCUACGUUGCCUUGGAGGACAUGUGGGAUAAGCUGGUGCGCAAGAGUGCCACUGGCACUAGUCGCCGUGUAAUCGACGUUAUAUUCUGGAUCUUCAAGUGGUUCGCCUUUAGUUACUUGGGCGAGGCCUUCCUGCUCUCCUCGUUCGGCAGAAUCUGGCGGUUCUAUGGCUCGGUUUAUCACAUUGGCUACAUAAGCUGGGCAGCGAUGAUUGCGUUGGGACUGUACCUGAGCAGCCAGAAAAAGGCUGCCGAACGCAGAAAGAAUCGUGCGGCGGAGAAGGCAGCUGGCGGAGAUGGAAUCGCUGCCGCAGUGGAGAAGGAGAAGGCGCAGUAAGC